AUGUCAGCACCGGCUCCACCAAAAAGCGAGUCCUCCAAGGGAAAAGACGCCGAAGGAGAAACUGCGGUCGUCGCCCUACCAGGAUUUACCAUUGAACAAACCAAAGCCAUGAUGGCAGUCUUUGAACAUUUCAGAAACAGCAUGCCCACAGCAGCCCCGGCGGCUGUCCCAAGCAUCAAAUUUCCAGAUCCCGACCCCUUCGACGGCACUAAGCCCCAUGAAUUACGCAAUUUCUUGGCCCAGCUCAAUAAUAAAUACGAAGGAGAAGCCACCAAAUUCGCUACAUCCAGAAAGAAGAUUGCGUACGCCGUCAGUCUUCUCAAAGGAAACCCAGCAGAAUUAGCCUUCAAUGAGUAUGACACCGAUGAUAAAGCAUGGAACUGGGAUACCUACGCCGAGUUCACCACAUGGCUCGAAAAAGCCUUCGGAGAUCCUGACCCUGCUGGAACCGCAGAACGAGAAUUGAGAAACCUAAGACAGGCCAAUAAACCCUUCUCCACCUACUUGACAGAAUUCAGACGUCUCAUGGGACGCCUGAACUACGAUGAUGCCGCCCAAAUCGCUUACCUACGACAUGGUUUAUGCAUCGAAAUAGAAGAACUCCUGAUUACCAAGGAAACGCUCCCUGAAGACUUCGAUGAUUUUGUUAUUCUCUGUCAACGCCUUGACAAUAACUGGCGAACCUUGGAUGCAAAAAAGAAAUCUCGAAACCUAACGACUGGAGGAUUCCAAAAGAAGAAUACCCCGACCCCAGCACCAAAAGGACCAACAAGGACCGGCAAUACUGGUCAGCCUCAGCAAACCUGGGGAAAUAAUUAUUUCGGACCUGGACCUAUGGAUCAGUCCACCGGAAACAUUCGAGGACGACUAACCCAGGAAGAAAAAGACCGACGUCGAGCUCAGAAGCUAUGCCUGUACUGUGGAGAAGGAGGACAUUUCGCUAACAAUUGUCCAAACAAAAGGUCCCAGGGAGGACCAACCCGACGUGUCCCCUACGACCCCCGUCUCACCAGAGACCAGAACAUCCGAGGACUCACCCAUGAGGACAUCCAAAACGAGAUGGCAUCCCUUUUGGGGUACCACCCACAAGAAGACGCCAAGGAGGAACAGGGAAAAGAGCAGGCCUAA